UGUUCGGACAGCCUGUGAAUGCUCAGGUCACUGAGGGAGCAAACUCCUUUUUUUCAGUCAUUCUUUUUUCUUUUCGUGGUUCAUUCUUCACUGGGGAAGAAAUGACAACUGUAUGGCACAGAGGUGAUGUCUCCUGUCCUGUGUGCUAUGACAUCUUCACAGAUCCUGUCGUCCUCUCAUGUAGCCACAGUGUCUGUAAAGCCUGUCUGCAGAACUUCUGGGCAAACAGUGAAUCUCAAGAGUGUCCACUAUGUAGAAGAAGGUCUUCAAGGGAUGAUCCACCUCCUAACCUGGUGCUGAAGAACUUCUGUGAGUCUUUUAUACAGCGGUGCUCUCAACACAAUGAGCGACUCACGCUGUUCUGUCUGGAGGAUGAACAGCCUGUAUGUGUGCUUUGUCACGCAUCAGAAGAGCACAAGGGCCAUGACUGUCGGCCCAUACGUGAGACCGCAGAGAGCUUUAAGAGAGAACUCGAAACUGCUCUGGAGCCCUUACAGGAAAAGCUGCGCAGUUUCACACAAGUGAACGAGACCUGCCACAAAACCGCAAAACACAUCAAGAUGCAGACUCAGAAAACAGAGAAAGAAAUAAGGCAGGAGUUUGAGAAGCUUUACCAGUUUUUACGAGAUGAAGAGGCAGCCAGGUUGGCUGCACUGAAGGAGGAAGAGGAGCGGAAGAGUCAAAUGAUGAAAGAGAAGACUGAUGAGAUGAGCAGUGCGAUAACUCUUCUUUUAGAGACUAUCAACACAACUGAAGAGAUCCUAGGGGAAGAAGACAUUGUAUUCCUACAGAACUUCAAGUCCUCAGUGAAAAGAGCUGAGUGCUCACUGAAGGUUCCACAGAUGGACUCAGGAAUGCUGAUCGAUGUAGCGAAGCACCUGGGCAACCUGAAGUUCACAGUGUGGGAGAAGAUGCAGGAGAUUGUUCAGUACACUCCUGUCAUUCUGGACCCCAACACUGCCCACCCAAACCUGACACUAUCUGAUGACCUGACUAGUAUCACAUUCAUUGAUAAUAAGACACCAGAGAUGCAGCAACGUCCAGAUAAUCCAGAAAGGUUUGAUAAGUGCGUGUGCGUCCUGGGCUCAGAGGGCUUUAGCUCAGGGAGCCACUACUGGGAUGUUGAGGUUGGGAAUAGUUGUUUGUGGGAAGUAGGAGUAACCACGGAAUCCAACCACAGAAAGGGAGUACUUUUCUUUAACAGCGUCUGGAGCGUGGAGAGCAAUGUGGAGUUUUGCGCUCGCUCUCCAGCGCAGCCCAAGCAUCCCUUCUCUGCCGAGGGGGGGCUGCCGAGGAUCCGAGUGCAGCUGGACUGGGACAAGGGAGAACUGUCCUUCUUUGACCUUCUUAAUGACACGGAUAUAGCGACUUUCACUCACACUUUCACCGAGAAAGUCUAUCCGUUCUUUUGGACUCGCAGAAGCGACUCUCCUGUGAAGAUCUUACCAGUGACUCCUGGGGCAAUCAAGCCUAAGCUAAGUCAGUUGUAACUUGCUUACCAGUCAUGUUCUAGAUCAGAGGUCGGCAAAGCAAAAGAAGAGCCAUUUUGUCCAUUUAACAAAAAUCAGACCAUGUCUAUGGCUGUAAAUGUGUCUCAGUACAUGCUACUGUCCUAGUAUAUUACAAACAUGCCGACUUACUUUGCUCUGCUUUAAGCUUUAUCUCAGCUGUAGCCACUUUUCUCGCAUCUCCAGCAGGAAACUUUUGUAUAAAAGUUGAACAGUUUCUUAUAAGAUGUCUCUCAACGUUCUACUUUUUACGAGGCUGAAGUCGCUUCUCAUUCGCCAGCUUCUUGUUCCAAUUUUCCUGUUUAACCUUAAAUGAUGUCUGAAGGGCCGAACUUUACUGCUGCUCUGUUUAAGGUGAAAUUAGAAAAUGCAAACAAGAAGCUGGCUAACAAGAAACUUCAGCUUUGUGAUGUUUUCGAGUUUGACAGUUUCUCAUUGCAGAUUAAACGUAUCUGGAAACCAGCUGGGGUGAUGUCCAUUCAUCUUAAACCUUUCUCUUCGUCUUUUUCGUUAGCUACUGGCUAGGCAAGAUUGUUGUCAUUGCUAUGGUGACCAGCAGUCUGCGCACCAACCUUCAGGGUUAAAGGUUGAGUAAUUACGUUCUACAUGAACUCUAUUGUUUCAGACCAUUUAUUGUUUAAAUUGUGUGAAAAGGAGGUAAAGGAGUUACUGUAAAG